AUGUGGAAUUGUAUGAGUAAAAAGAUUCCAAAAACAUUGUCUACUGAUGAUUUCACAACCACUAAACUGCACUAUCAAAAUGAACUCAGAACCUACAAAGCUAUAUGCAAAAUCGACACAGAUUUGCAGGCGUUUGAUACCUCACUUCAAAUAAGAACAAAUCAAGCCAUCCGCACACUUUCUUCGGGCGGCGUCGAAGUUCGAGCUCUUUCGUUCGAAUCGCUAAAACAAAUUAUAGAAAGUCUUCUUGAGAUGAAUAAAGAAGUUGUGAGAGUUAUCUUGGAGUGCAAGAAAGACAUACGGAAAUGUCGAGAAUUGUUUGAAUUAGUGGAAGAAUAUUUGGAAAACAGUUUACAUACAUUGGAUUUCUGCACUGCAUUGGAAAAGUGUUUAAAAAGAGCUAGGGAUAGCCAGUUGCUGAUUCUUGUAGCGAUUCAACGGUUUGAGGAAAAUUCUGAAUCUGGAGAUAAAUGUUAUGCAAGAACAAUAUUACAGGAAUUGAAGAAUUUUAAAUCAACCGGUGAUCCUUUCACCGAGGAAUUCUUCGAAAAUUUUCAGUCAGUUUAUAGACACCAGAUACUAAUGCUUGAGAAGCUUCAGGUGAGAAAGAACAAGCUUGAUAAGAAACUGAAAUUCAUUCAUUCAUGGAGGAAAGUUUCGAGUAUGAUAUUCGUUGCUGCUUUUGCAGCUGUUUUGAUAUGUUCUGUUGUGGCAGCAGCUAUUGCAGCUCCACCUGUUGCUGCGGCGUUAGCGUCCGCUGCAGCAGUCCCUAUCGGUUCGAUGGGAAAAUGGAUUGACUCACUCUUGGGAAAAUAUGAAAUUGGAGUGAAAGGACAGAAAGAAGUUUUUGGUUCAAUGCAAGGUGUUACUUAUGUAGCUAUUAAAGAUUUGGACAAUAUUCGCGGGGUUAUCGAUCUGCUUGAAGUUGAGAUUGAAUCUUUGUUGCAUCGUAAUGUUGAUUUUGCAAUUGAAGAAGAGGGUGUGAAGAUUGGGAUUGAAGAGAUAAAGAAGAAGGUUGGUGAGUUUAUGAAGAAUGUUGAGGAUUUAGGAAUUCAAGCUGAUGUUUGCAGUAGGGACAUUAGGAGAGCAAGGACUGUUGUGCUGCAGAGAAUCAUAAAACAACCUGACAUUUGA